CCGAUCCAUGGAACCAACCGUAGCCAAACACGGUUUCUUGAGGAACAUUCUGGUCCGUCUCUUCUCCUUCGCCGUUCUACUCGUCGCCGCGCGAUUCGCCAUCAUCGUCACCGUCCGCGGCGGAACUUGCGACUCCGCCGAUUUCUGUUUCUUCUCCGAUAACCUCAAUCUCUCCGCUCCCUCCCACUUUUCCGACGCCGCCGAUCCAUUUCCCGGCAAGAAUUGGCGCCGCUCCGUCGAGCACUAUGCCGCCGUUUUCCACGAUCUCAUCGCCGAGGGCUCCCUCUCUCCCUAUUCGAGAGCUCUCUGCAUCGACACUCCCUCCGGCGAGGAUGUCUUGGCGCUUAAGGAACUCGGCGUUGUCGAUUCUGUCGGAAUCUUCAAGAAACCGUUGCCGCCGUUGAUCGUUCAGGGAGAUGGUCUCCGGCAUCCGUUUCCCGGCGACGCGUUCGACUUCGAGUUCUCCGGAAACGGCGGCUUGGAACGGUCCCCGAGACCGGCGGAGUUCGCCGCCGAGAUCGGCCGGACGCUACGACGGGGCGGGGUGGUGGCGGUACACGCGCCGGUGAGAGAUGCUUACAGCUUCAAUUCUUUCCUUGAAUUGUUUAAUUGCUGUGAAUUGAUCAGAACCCGAGAAAUCAACGGUGUUGAUUCAUCUCCAAUCCUUGAAAUUUUGAUGAAGAAAAAAAAGCGUGAUUUUGAAACCCUUGAAUUACCCCCAAAUGGCAAUUCCGUGAAUAAGUGUUCUGUUCCGGGUUAUAAACGUGAAAUAGUUAAAAAUGCAGAGGCUUUAAUAACAGAAGAACCAUUGAAACCUUGGAUUAUAUUGAAGAGGAAUGUGAAGAACAUAAAGCACUUAACUUCAUUGGUUGAUAUAAGCUUUAAGAAUAGGUAUGUGUAUGUUGAUGUUGGAGCUAGGAGUUAUGGUUCCAGUAUAGGGAGCUGGUUCAGGAAACAGUACCCAAAACAAAAUAGAACCUUCGAGGUUUAUGCAAUUGAAGCUGAUAAGACAUUUCAUGGAGAGUACAAGACUAAAAAAGGGGUCACUUUGUUGCCCUAUGCAGCUUGGGUUAGGAAUGAGACAUUGUUCUUUGAGAUAACAAGAGAUCCAAGCAACAAAGUGAUGAUGAAAGGUAGAGGGAUGGGGAGGAUCAACCCUGUGCAGACAUCUUCUAGCCAUAUGGGUGACAUGGACAAGAUUCAGGGUUUUGAUUUUGCUGACUGGCUCAAGAGUGCUGUUACAAGUAGGGAUUUUGUGGUUGUGAAGAUGGAUGUGGAAGGGACUGAGUUUCAUUUGAUCCCAAAGUUGAUUCAAACUGGGGCUAUUUGUUUGAUUGAUGAGCUAUUUCUUGAGUGCCAUUAUAAUAGGUGGCAGAGGUGUUGCCCUGGUCAGAGAAGUGCAAAGUAUCAGAAGACAUAUUCUGAAUGCAUGGAUUUGUUUACCUCACUAAGAAAUAGUGGAGUUCUUGUGCAUCAGUGGUGGUGA